ACGAGAGCGAGAGACAAACCAGCCAGCCAGCCAUCAAGACACGUGGUCUCUGCACGACAUUCAGAGCACACCAGCCAGCAGCUAGCACAGCAGUUUGUUGAUCUGCACCCUUGCAGCCCGCGCCGUCGAGACCAGCAGCGAUGAAGCGGGUGGUGCAGACGGAGUCGGGAGACUUCCGCAUGCAGUUUAUGACAGUGCAGCAGCUUGUGCAACGCAUCCCAGCCCCAACAGCGCGCCUGUACCAGGAGCACAAGGUCGGAGGCAGCGUCUACGGCACGGCCAGCGAUGACCACGUGCCCGAUGUGCCGUACUUUGACGAGGCCCUGCUCAAGUGGAAGGAGCUGGAGCUCUCCAGCGAGUUUGAUGCCUUUGCACGCAGCAUUCGCGGGCUCACGGGCUCGCUUGAGCUGCUUCUCCACAACAGCAGCAAGCUCGUGGCGCGGAUCGCCGAGCACGCCCAGGUGGAGCACAGCCCGGCCAUCCCAGCCAUCCUGGACCUCACCGUGCACUUGGCACGCGAUCUCAGGGAACACUUUUACAAGCACUUCCCAAAGGUGUUUGACGCGCUUGUGGUCAUCCUGGACCAAGAGCGCCGUGGCCAGGAGUCCAUCAACAACAUCAACGCCACCUUCCACUGCCUCGUGUUUCUGUACAAGCAGCUGCGUGGCAGCAUCUACGCAGACCUCGACAAGUUCUUCAAGAUCAGGGCCGUCAAGCUGCUUGGGCCCGGCUUUUCGGAGUCUGUGCGCAACAUGGCUGCAGACGCAUAUGCGUUCUUGCUGCGCAGCGCCCCUGCCGAUGUCCUUGCCGCCCACAUCCCCACCCUCUGCGGAUACGUCGCCGAAAAGGGCGGGCGCCAGCUGACGCAGUCUACAGCGCGCGUUGCGUAUGGGACAGUGACCACUGCCGACCAGAAGAUGCGCUCCAACCACGCCACCGUCCUGCCCAUCUGGUUCGAUAUCAUCACCUGGCAGGCAAAGCUCAACCAGGUGUUUACGAGCGCGUCGUACUCCAUCCUGUACAACCUCGUCUCGCUCUUCUGCAACAAGUUCGCGCCAGAACCGCUCGUGCCCAUCACACUGUUUGUGUCCAAGCUGCUGAUCAAUAGCCAGCAGCAGCUGGUGGCAGCCCCAAAGUCCCUGGCAGCAACCGUCGCCUUUAUGAGGUGCACGGGCCUCGCCUCUGAGCUGUGCGUCAGCCACCAGGGGCGACUGGUGAAGCCAGCGCACCUCAAAACAUUCCUCGCUCCAGUCAAGGCGCUCGUGCCAGCGUGGGAGACGAUUGCGCCUGUUGUUCGUCGCGAGUCGCUGCUGUUCGCCGCCAGCAUCGCCCGCCGUCACCCGGAGUUCGUCGCAGACACAGACACCCUUGACGCACUCAAGCCCGCCAGACUCACCCCAGACCAGUUUGCGGCUUUCUCCGAUGCACUGUGGCGUUCGGGCCCCCUCCGCCCAAUGUCCAUCCACCUCAUCCUGCACCACGCCAUCGCCAUCAUCACCCCGCUCGAGCGCGACCCGCAGGCUGGAAAGUUUCCAAAAGCUGUGCAGAACGUGCUUGCGGCGCUGUGGUCCCUCACGUUCGCUCAAUUCCCCUCAGCAGAGGCGCUUCCCCUCACCCUCCACGCCCACAGAGACAAGCGGCUUCAGAUUAUGCGCGCGUCCUCGGGCAAGUACCUGAGCCGCACCCCUGACAUGCUGCUCCGCCUGACCAUGGCAUACCUGCUUGGCCUGCACCACGUCAACCUCACGCUGCUGUGGGCCGACGCGAAGAAGGCGCUUGGCGAGUUUGCCCGCUACCGCCCGCUCGUGCUGUGGACGCUCUUUGAGGACAAGUUCAUGCGCGUGCUUGACGCGAGCGUGGAGAUGGGCGAGAUCAUGACGGAGCAGGCGCGCACCAUUGGCCAGCAGCAGGUGACAGACUCGGCACACCGCAUCGUCGACGACCGCUUGGACGUGCUGUCGUUCCGGUGUCUGGUGCACCCGCUGGAGCAUCGCAUCAACCUUCUGCAGAAGCCGGACUGGGACAACAACAUGACACAGGUUGCAGACCGGUUUGUCAACGCCGUGUGCCCGCAACCGCGCGUUGAUGUGCUCAAGCUCAUGCAAACCUUUGCCGAGCUCGCCAACACCUGGCCCCUCCUCACCGAGCAAAAGCACAGGACGCUGGUUGAGAAGUUCCUCCAGCUGCACGACGACUACCUGGUGGUCGAAGAGGGAGCAGGAAAACUGCAGGACAUUUCCGUCGCAAACGCCGGCCUCGCGGGCAUUUCGAUGCAGUCGCUCGGCAUUGAGGAUCUUGGCGGCGACCUCGACAAUCUCAGUGACGAUGAGAGCGUCAGCAAUGACGACGACGACGACGACAAUGAUGAACGGCGCAGGAAGCGCAGCGCGAUGCAGCACGACGGCCGUGGUGGUCGUGGUGGUCGUGGUGGUCGUGGCGGUCGUGGUGGUCGUGGUGGUCGUGGUGGUCGUGGUCGUGGUCGUGGUGGUCGUGGUGGUCGUGGCGGUCGUGGUGGUCGUGGUGGUCGUGGUGGUCGAGGACGUGGUGGUCGUGAUAGCAAGCGCCCCAAGCGGGAGAAUGACACCUUUAACGACAAAGUUGACGACGAUGACACGAAGCGCGAUGGUACCGACGCCACCAACGAUGGCGACGAUGCUAUGCAGGCGUAUGACCCAACGGCGGCUGCGCGUCGCCGCGUGUUCUGGCGGCGGCGGCAGAUGGUGCGCAUGGUGCGCAAGCGUCGAAAGGUCGCGCUGAGCCAGAUGGAGGCCAUGCUCUCUGUGCUCGCCAGCUUCAACAACGGAAAGGCGCUGAUGGAGUGGGAGCGCCUGCAGGCGAUUGUGCACAACUUCCUGCACCAUUCUGACGCGAACAUCCGCGCCAACGCCCUCAAGGCGAGCGCUUCGUUCAGCCGCGUGGUGCGCAAGUACCUGGAGCCCAUGAUGGCCGUCAACACGGAGAUGGGGCCCCAGCUCACAGAGCGCUUGAAGACAUUCAACGUCGCCUCCCCAGCCGUCGUAGCACCGGAGCAUGUUGAAGAGGUGACGACCGUGUUCUUCCGGCUGCUGCAGGCCAAGAUGUUUGCGCGCAAGGGCAAGUCCCAGAAGUACUCGCCCAAGUUCCAGCGCGCCCUCAUUCUCCGCUACUUGGCCGACUGCCGCACAGAGGGCGGUGAGGGCUUUGUGCUCGAUGCGUUCCUGCAUCUGCUCGUGCUGCCGUUUGCACAGUCGCCAACGCCACCCGUCUCCGUUGCGCCGGGCGCCGCUGUGGAUGUGGACGCGCUGCUGGCGGAGUUCAACGUCGGCACAGACGUGCACGCAGCCGUUCCGCUCAACCGCCAAGUCGGUUUCCUGAUGCUUGCCGAGUCGCUGCUGAAGGUGUUUGGCACGCGUCUGCAGCCGCACCUGCCGAUGAUGGUGGCCAUCAUGGUGCAGAUGGCGCGCGAGGCCCACGCCCUGCUCGCCCGUCGUGACGAGGUCGCCCCGCGCUACAUCCGUGAACUCAGGAUGAUCCGCAAGCUCAGCAUCCGCCGCCUCUGCAGCCUCUACAACUUCUUCAACGCGAAAUUGCUGGAGCCGUUUGCGAGCGCGGUGCACGCGCACGUGAUUGGGCCGCAGGUGGCGUCGCUGUAUCACGAAUGCUCAAACGCCGUCGUCCCCAUCCUCCAACUCCUCAUCACGUGGAGCGAGGAUCCGAACAUGCACCGCCUGUUCAACAUCAGCGGCAGCGCCGUCCUCUCGCGCGUGUUUGAGGUCUUGUCACACCCGCGCAUCGCCUUCCCCGUUGAGCGUGAGGUCAUUGGCAUGGCAGACAACCUCCUCCCAGGCACAGCAGGUCGAAUGUCCAAGGUUUCGGAAGAGGACAAAGACAGUUCUGUCAUGGAGCCGCACAUUCCAAAACUCGUCUCCUCCCUCUACGCUCUCAUGAUCCGCCAAGCCGCCGAGGCCAGGGACCGCAACAGCAUUGCCCGCUUCUCGUGGGUGAAGCUCUCUGUUCUCGCGCGUAUCGCUCCGUUCGCAACGGAGGAAAAGGACGCAAAGCUGCUGGCGCAACUGCUGGUGCCGUAUCUCGAGGUGCACACGCGUCGCGUCUCCGAGAACAGGAAAGCGCUCAUCCUCAGCGUCCUCGCCGAUUCCUUCCGCAAAUUUGGCGACUCCCUGCAGUAUGCUGGGGUCAUGUGCACCCUGUUUGGCUGGCUGGCAACAGACAAUGCGCGCCUGGCGCUGUGCAAGACAGUUGAUGCAAUGGCCAAUGCCGACGCCACCGAACUCAAACCCAUCGUGGACAUCCUCUACGACCUCAACGCCACAGCAAAGGGCAAGCUGGGCGUGUCGUUUGACUUUGUCAAGCGGUUGUCUGCGCUUGAGCGGGUGCGGAACGCCGUGGACGAGUUCACGCGUCUUCAGCUGGAGGCGCUCAUUGAGGCCGUCACCAACCUCAUCUUCCUCGAAGACUUCUCCCUCAGAACGGGUGCUGUGGAGACGAUCAUGGUGAUGAUCAACUCCAUCAUGGGCCGCGACAACAGGCGCUCUUUGCUCCACGUCAUCGUGAAGAAGCGGCUGCUUCUCGUCUUGAAGCGGGCGAUCCGGUCCGAUCUCGACAUGACGCGGGCGGCGGCGCUGGAGCUCUUGCAGUUCAUCACCGCCAACGUCAGUGGUGACGGCAUCCUGGCAGACAUGGUGCCGCUGCUGCCCCACAAGGGCGAGGACGAGACCAAGUGCUUCUUCCGCGGAAUGCGAAGCGUGAAGCAGAUUGAGCGGUCGCGAGCACUCCUGCGCAUCGCCCGCACCAUUGGCAUGAAGCGCGUGCAGCACAAGCAGCAGGAGGAUGACAACGACGUUGAUGGCAGUGGCGACGCAGACGUCUCUCGUCCAUGCACGCUCCGGUUUUCACACAGGUUUACACAGGACACCAUCACGGGGUUCCUGCUGCCGCUGGCGCUGCGCGCAAUUGCAGACGGCGGCGAUGACGCCGACGCCUCGUUUGUCGACGUCGCAAUCGAUGCCAUCGGCGCGCUGGCUGGUCAGAUGCACUGGCCGCUGUAUCUGCAGACGCUGCGACGGCACCUGUCGACGGUGCGGCGGCAGCGCGUGGUGGAGAAGAGGAUGGUGCGGGCUGUGGUGGCCGUGCUGGACAGCUUCCACUUUGACACCAAGGCAGAGGUUGUGGCAGCAGAGGAGGAAGGGAAAGACACGCACAAGAAGAAGAAGGGACAGGAAGUACAAGUGAAGGUUGUCAAGGAUGAGGAGGACGAUGAUGAUGAUGAUGAUGAGGAGGAGGGCGGUAGAAAGAAGAAGCGCAAAACGACGACGAAGGAGCGCGAUGGAGAUGAGGAUGAUGAAGAUGACGAAGAUGACGAAGAUAAAGAUGAAGAUGACGAGGAUGAGGACGACGAUGAAGAUGAUGGAGACAACAACGACGCCGCCGAUGCCGGUCUUGAUGAUGAUGAGGAUCUGCUUCGCGAGAUUGAUGAGGAGGACGACUACGACCCCUCUGCCGUCCACAAGAGCAUGGUGCUGUUCAUUCUGCCAAAGCUGAAGAAGAUGCUGACCUUCAAGCAGGAGGAGCGCGUCGUCGUUCGCCCCAUUGUCGCCACGGCGGUUGUUCGCCUGCUCAUGCUGCUGCCAAAGCGCACCAUGCACGACCACCUCCCAAGCACCGUCAGCAAAGUUGCAUCCGUGCUUCGCGACAGGAUGGACAGCAUCCGGUCUGAGGCGCGCUACACGAUGGUGCAGCUCGCCAAGAUGCUCGGGCCCGUGUACUUUGACUUUAUCCUUCGGGAGAUGCAGACGGCGCUGCGACGCGGGUACCAGCUCCACGUCCUCGGUUACACCAUCCACAGCAUCCUCCAGACCAUCCUCCCACAGCUCACCACUGGGGAUCUUGACUCGUGCCUGGAGCAGCUGCUGCCCAUCUUCAUUGACGACAUCUUCGGGACGGUGGCGGAGGAGAAGGAGGCAGAGGAGAUACCGCGCAAACUGCUCGAGAUGAAGGCAGAGAAGAGCUACAGCUCAUUUCAAGUUGUUGCACAGUUCCUCUCGCCGUCAAAGUUCCAUGCGCUGAUGAGCCCGCUGCAGUCGCUGCUCGCCGUGACGGAGGUUCGCCGCACCGUGAACAAAGUCGAGAAGAUCCUGACGUUUGUGUGCAACGGCUUCCUGGACAACACGGCCGUGUCCACGCCGCAGCUGCUCGAGUUUGCGCUCACCGUCGUUGACCAGCACAUUGGCCUGAGCCAAGCCGGCGUCAAGCUCGGCGAGAAAGUCAAGCGGCGCGAUGCGUCGAUGCUGAUUGUGCAGCCGCUCAAGGCGCGCACUUCGCGCAAGACGCGGACCAAGACGACGUACAACACCAACGCACACGUCAUUGUGGAGUUUGGCCUCAGCAUCCUGCAGGGCCUGCUCAAGGGCGGGGUACUGGACUUUGAGGACACCAAGCAGCGUGAUGUUGUGAACCGGUUUGCGGGCCCGCUGGCGUCGUGCCUGUUUUCAAAGUACAGCAAAACGCUGUCCAUGUCAGCCAUGUUGUGGUCGUUUAUCCUCCCGCACAUUGCGCACAUGCCAGCCAUGUCCUCCAAGGUGAUCGAGAAAGUGUUUCUGCGGCUGAUGAAGCUGUAUGAGCAGACGACAGGCAACCAGGAGACGUUUACCGCCGUCACCAACACGCUCAUCUCCCUCAUCCGCAACGCCACGUCGUUCCGCCCGCCGCAGCACCACAUUGAGAAGCUGCUCUCGAGCGUGCACAUGGACAUGGACAACCCAGACCGCCAGGCCAUCAUGUUUGACGUGGUGCGCGCAGCCAUUGAGCGCGAGUACAAGCUGCCGGUCGUGUACGACAUCAUCGACAGAAUACAGGAGAUUGUGGUGCAGUCGCAGUCGGACACGGCGCGGAAGCGUGCGCGAGAGACGAUGCUGGCGUUUUUGAAGAAGUGCGAGGUCAACUCGAAGCGCGUCCUGAACCACAUCAUGUUCCUCCUCACCAACCUCGCGUACAAAUACGAAGCAGGUCGCAAGUCUGUGAUGCAGAUGCUGACGGAGAUUGUGAAGAAUUUGCCAGAAUCGAUGGUCGUCAAACACGCCGACCUCAUGUUCAUGACGUUCGCGCAGCACUUUGGAAACACAGAGGAGUCGAGUACACGAAGUGCAAUGCAGCGACUGCUGCAGCUGCUGCUCUCCCGCGUCCCUGCCGCAAAGCGCCAGGAGUUCUUCGACAUGGCCGUCCGCUGGCUCAAGGAGGAGAAGCUGCCUGUGCGGAGUCUCGGGCUUCGCCUGCUGGUCGUCUUCAUUGAUCAGCGCCCGCGCGCAUUCAAGGACCAGGCGCCAGCAAUUCUCGCCACGCUGGCAGACAUCAUCACCACCGCAGAGGACCUCAAGGUGUAUCUGCGUGAUGGGGAAGUUGAAGAGCAGCAGCCGGGCGGCGACCGCUGGUUCCUCCUCUUCCAGGCCCUCACAUGCACACAGAAGAUGGUGGAUGGCGUGUCGGGUUCCAUCACUCUUCUCGCCAAGAAGCAUGCGGACGUGUGGCCGCGUCUUCAGAGCCAUCUGCUGUACUCCCACGCGUGGGUUCGGUUGGCUGCCGGUCGCCUCAUGAACACCUUCCUCCAGCGCACCUGCUCAGCGGAGUUUGUGUCGGAUCCUGAGCGCGUUAAUGAGCUGGCACAGGCGUUUACGACGCAGGUUCGGUCGCGCAACCUUGGAGAGGAGAUGGUGGAAGUGCUGGUGAGCAACUUGACCAAGGUCGCGCAGCUGCAGAUGGCGACGGCGGCGCGCGCAAACCAGCUCUUCACCACAAGCCAUGAGCAGCAGCAACGGCAGCAAGAGGAUGACAGCAGCGAUGUGCCGAGGAAGAAGAAGGCGAAGAAGUCGGUCUGGCUCAGCGACACCCAUGCCGAAGCCAAAGACCAUGAGGCGGCUGAUCUUGUGCUGCACGAGGGACCGUUCGAGCAGCUCAUGCACGAGCUCACCGGCAUUGCCAUGCGAGAGGUGCUGUAUCGUGAGGGCAACAUGCAGCGACGGGUUGUGUUCGCGUGGUACCGACACGUUGCUCGGUUCCUCAGCGAUGCGAAGAAGGUUGCAGCCGUCCUCCCCUACAUGACACGCGCCCUCUUCAGGACGAUGGAGCGGUGGGACCAGCCCGAGGACAUUCAAGAGCUGGCGAAAUCGACGCACGACUUGAUCCGCGGCAUUGUCGGGGCGAAGCGCAUGUCCAACGCCAUGAGCGAAGAGAAGCACAAGGUGUCGGCCAAGCGUGCUGUCAGACGCCAGCGCGAGCAACAAGAGCUCAUCACAAACCCGAAAAAGGCGCUGCGGCGCAAAGCGCGAUCGCACGAGCUCAAGCGGGAUGCGCGCCGGCGCAAGAACGCGGCGGAGAAGGACGCGCGCAUUGGCGGCAUGCCCAUCAACCCCGUGGAGCUCAAGAAGCUGCACAACAAGCGGCGCGAGCACAACCGGAAGCUCAACCUCAUGGACGAAUAGCCCCUUGCUUUGCUUGGUGCCGUUUCGUGCUCCGUGUGUGUGUGUGUGUGUGUGUGUGUGUGUGUGCGUGUGCGUGUGUGUG